AUGGAUUUUCUCAGAGCCCAGUUUACUAAAAUUCCUAAACUCAAACUUGUCAAUCUUUCAAAGAGUACCGUUUUGAUUACGGGCGCAAAUGCCGGUCUCGGAUUAGAAGCCGCUCGUGAGAUUCUUCUCUCCAAGCCAGAACGUCUGAUACUUGCUGUGCGCGAUAUCGAGAAAGGCAACGUCGCAAAGAAAGAGCUACAAAAUGGAAAGACAUCAAACACUCAAAUCGAUGUACACAAAUUGGAUCAUUCGAGCUUUCGUUCUGUCCAGAAUUUUGUCAAAGGACUUGAGGGUCAGCGCGUCGACAUAGCAAUUCUGAACGCAGGAACAUGGAACACAAAAUUCACAACAACUACAGAUCGCUAUGAGGGUAACUUGCAGGUCAACGCUCUCGCUCCUGCAUUGAUCUCCUUAUUGCUUCUUCCGAAUCUCCGAGCUGCUGCGUCUUCCACUCGCCCUUUCGAUGCUCCUCAACCUCAUUUGAGCAUUGUUUCUAGCGGUCUUCAUGAAAUGGCGAAAUUUCCGGAGAAAGACCUUCCACAGGGCGAAAUAUUGGCUGCCUUGAAUGAUGCAAACCGGUACACCCAGUCGGAUCGCUAUCCAGUAACCAAAGCAAUUAGCCUCUUAUGGGCCAAAGAACUUGCAAAUAAAGUAGCAAGCUCAGAAGUUAUCAUCAAUGCACCAACACCCGGAUUUUGCAAGACUGGACUCAUGAGCCCAACUUCUGGUAUCAUGGGCCUUAUCGUUAAGCUUUCAAUGAUCUUGGUUGGCAGGUCGGCUCCAGAUGGUGCUAGAUGUCUAGUCGAUGCGGCGGUAUCAGGACCUCGGGAAACACAUGGACGAUACUUGAGUGAAAUGCAAUUAAAGCUUGAGUCAGAGCUUGUUCGUAGUGAGCAAUGA